AUGGAGUGGAACGUCAUGGCUAUACGACAACACUUGCCUCUUUAUGAGGACCGGAUUCUCCAGAUUAUUCCUAGCUCCUUCAAAAAACAUGAUGAACUUGUUUGGCUUCCAGAUGCUUCAGGCUUGUACAACUCUAAAUCAGGAUAUGAGUUGGCCAGGAAGUCACUCCAUACCCCUGUGACAGCUGAGUAUCCCUGGCGCAAAUGCAUAUGGAACCUAAACACUGCUCCUAAGAUUCAAUCUUUCCUAUGGAGCGCUUUGAAUGGAGCACUACCGGUGGGACAUACCCUAUUGAUAAGAGGGCUACAGGCCGAGUCAAGAUGCAAGCGGCUGAUCUUUGAGAAUAAGUCUUGGUCCGAAGCUGAACUGAUCCGUAAAGUUCUCUAUGAUGCCCGUGCUUGGGAAGAAGUUUCUCAAGCGGUUAAACACCCGUCCCCCCGAUGUACUCGCUCUGCACUCCCUACUCCGGAAUUGAAGGGUAUCUCCUGCUUCACUGACGGAGCAUGGGACCCGAUAUCUGGACAUAGCGGACAAGGAUGGGCAUUUGUCGACCCUGCUGGUGACGUGAUAAGACACUACUCCUCCAACCGUCUUCAUGUAGCUAUGCCCAUAGUGGCGGAAGCUCUAGUGGUAAAGGCUGCUCUUUAG